AUGUCCCUUCCCGAGUCCACCGCGCGCCCGUCACUCUUCGACGUGCCCGGCCCAUCGCCCUCAGUUGGCGAGAAGAGCUCGGAAGCUGUCAGAGAGGAGCUUGAGCGGUUAAUCCGUGCGACGAGUGCGCUUGAAAGUGCUCGUGCUCGGGAGCAGCAACAGGAGCAGGAGCAGAAGCAAGGCUGGAAUCCGUUUUCGGGGCUGGUGAAGAAGGUGGAGGACGGCAUUCCGGCCCACGUGCGAGGGCUCAUCCUCUUGAACGUCCUCACCCUCCUAUACGGCAGCAACAUUACGGUGGUCAAGGAAGCCGCGGCCGUCCUCGACCCCUUCACCUUCUCCGCGACGCGCUUCGCCAUCGCCGCGGCGGCCUUCGCGCCGUUCCUCGCGUCCGCGCUGCGCACGCCGCACGUGCGCCGCGCGGGGCUGGAGCUGGGCGUGUGGGCGAGCCUCGCGUACGUGUCGCAGGCCGUGGGGCUGCUCACAACCGACGCGGGGCGCGCGUCGUUCAUCGGCACCUUCACCGUCAUCGAGGUGCCCAUCCUCGCCGGUCUCUUCGGCGCCAAGAUCCCGCCCAUCACGUGGGUCGCUGGCUUCGCCGCGAUCUGCGGCGUCGGGCUUCUCGAAUCCUCCGCCGGCGACUCCUCCUUCAUGGGUGAUCUCUGGACAAUCGUCUCUGCGCUCGUCUUCGGCGUGCACAUCCUGCGUUCCGAGCACCACGCCAAGCACGUCACGACGGCCGAAGCCCUCCCGCUCAUCUCCCUCCAGCUCGCCGUCACCGCCGUGCUCUCCACCCUCUGGGUCUCCGUCGGCUCGUCCUCCGGCCUCCUCGCCGGCUGCGGCUGGGAGUCCCUAAUCGCGGGCGACUGGGGAGAGCUCGCGGCGUGGCCGUGGAUGGAGAUGGUGUAUACUGGAGUGCUGUCGACCGCGCUGUGCCUGUGGAUCGAGGUCGUCGCGCUCAAGGACGUGUCGGCGCCCGAGGCCGCCAUGGUGUACACGCUCGAGCCGCUCUGGGGCGCCGGGUUCGCGUGGGUGUUGCUGGGCGAACGGUGGGGCCCCGCCGGAUGGGUUGGCGCUGGUUUGAUUCUCGGUGGUAGCGUGUCCAUGCAAAUGUUCGGGCAGUCGGACGAGGAGCAUGAACACCACGCCCCCGCCACACCCGCUGCCGCUGCCAAACACCUUGCUCUUACCGCCGAGAAGACCUACCCCUCGCCGGCCUCCCCCGCGCUCUCCGCGCUCGGCGUGGCCGCAGCCGUCGCGCUCGUGAUGACCGCGACAACCACGGGGCUACCAGUGGCGGACAUGGGCAGCAGCACGAACAGCGUGCUGACGUGGGUGCGCGGGCUGGGGCGGUGGGGCGGCAGCGAGAUGGAGAUGGUGAUGGAGGGCGAGCGCGAGGUGGAGCUCACCACCGCCGCCGCCAUGGCCGCGCUUGGCGGUGAGGAGCUUGCUAGCCUGGCUUCGCUGAUCAAGGUGUAUGCUCUGGUGCGACAGGACGAGAUGGAUGAGGCGAUGGAGGAGGAGAAAGAGGGCGAGAUGGAGAGGGUGGCUAUCUGA